AGUCGUUUCGUCACUUUUCGGUGAAGCGUCGCGAUGAUCUUGACGCAAGAGGAAAUCGAUGCGUGCCGCGAGUCGUUCGUGCACUUUGACAGAGACGGGUCCGGUACGAUCGACAAGUAUGAGCUCGCCAAGGUGCUCGAGGCCAUGGGCCAGCGACCCACGGAGGAGGAGCUCUUCCAGAUGAUCUCCGAGGUCGACGAGGACCACAGCGGCGAGAUCGAGUUCUCCGAGUUCCUCCAAGUCAUUGAGCAGCAAAAGCUCCGCGCACUCGAGUACGACGACGAGAGCGACUUUGUCGACGCGUUCGUGGCCUGCGGCGGCGGUCCCGACAAGCAAGGCCACGUCGAACGCCGCGUGCUCGUCCAGCUCAUCAAGAAGGACUUUGGUCUGCCCAUUGACAUUGACAAGAUGCUCGAUGAGCUCGACACGGACGGGUCGGGCGAGAUCGAGUACGACGAGUUCAAGGCGCUCCUCUCGCAGUGAGACCGGUCUGGCUGGUAUCAACAGCGAAAGAAUAGAAAUGCGGAUAUAAGAUUGACAAGAUUUACUUGCGGGGCGG